UGACCUAGUAGCUUCAUUUCGUCGCAGCUAAUGAGCGAUGCACCGACGCCCCCGCUACCCCCCGCGAGUCGGCGGACCAGCACGAGCUCCGUGAGUUCAGCGACUGCGCAAUGGUCUCAUGUAGGCCACCACCGCACUAGCAUUCCCCCGGAGGCGACCUUCGACGAGCAUGACACGCAGAUCAAGCAGGAGCUGCUGGCGCUCAUCACUCAGUACCUCCAACAGGAAGGCUUUGCCAUGUCUAGCGCUACGAUCCAGGACGAGGCCAACGUCAAGAGCCACGGUAGGCUACAGGAGCGAGACGCUUUACGCCGUCUAGGAGCCGCUAUUGUGGACGGGGACUGGGACCUCGUGGCCAAGCUGCUGGGCAAGCACCUCAAGAAGUUCCACGCUGCCCACCAGGGUUUCCUCUACGCCGUAUGCAAGCAAGAAUACUUAGAGCUCAUCGACCGGCAGGAGUAUCAGAAAGCCUUCACCUUCCUCACCACGCACCUCAAGCCGCUGGAGAAGGUGGCGGCCGCCACGAGCUCCAGUCGCCACGAGUUCAAGGAGCUCUGCUACCUGCUCACAUGUAAAGCCGUCGGGGAAUCGGACGCCUUCCGCGACUGGGAGGGGGUCGUCAGGUCAAGAGAGAAGCUCGUGGAGCAGUUGAGAGCUACAUUCGCUUUGGAAGAAGUCAUUUCGCCCCAACAGGACGGAGAUGCCGCCAUGACCUCUCCACCGGUGGCCAUGCCAGACAACCGACUGGUGCAGUUACUACACCAAAGUGUGGCCUAUCAAAUGGAGUUCAGUCGGUACCACCCGAAGACGAUUCCAAAGGUUACGACGUUGUUGAGGGACUUCGAGUGUGAAGUGCUGCCGAACGCAGUUAAAAGCACUUACGUCGGUCACUCGCAGAAUGUAAAAUUUGUCACGUUUGUGGGGACAGAUGGAGAGUUAUUGGCGUCUGGAUCCAGCGAUGCCACGAUCAAGCUUUGGCCUACCGAACUGCCAGAGACACACCAGGAGAGCGGCGAGGAGCAAGUGGGCGAGACCACAGGGACUGUCUGUCGACAAUGGACGCGAGAUCUACUUGGCCAUUCGUCCAGAAUCUGGUAUCUUACUGCGAGUUUAUCAGGAGAGCGUCUCUACUCAGGAUCGGGUGAUGGUACCGUCAAAGUUUGGGACUUGCGUGCAGCUCUGGAAGAGCGCGCUGCGGCUCAGCAGGCUCAAGAUGAUGACGACGAUCUCUUGAACGGUCAACGUGGAGCUAACAUUAUGCAGUCGGCGGUCGAAAUCGCAGCCGCUGCUACCUCAGAUGCCACGUCCGCUAUAGCUGCUGCCACAACGCUACCUCACAAUUACUCGGUAACCUCAGCCGAAUGCCUGGCCACACUAAUGAGUCCAAACGGUGGCGAUGUAUACACAGUGAAUCUGCAUCCCAGCGAGACGCACUUGGUGACUGGAGGCUACGACCAAAGUGUACGUUUGUGGGACAUUGCCACUGGUGCAGUGGUCAAGACUUUCCGCGGCCACUUUGCGUCCGUGUGCGAUGUCCAGUUCAACAGACAUGCCAACUUCAUCGUAAGUGGCUCAAAGGAUGGCACUAUCCGAUUGUGGGAUAUCCUUAGCGGACUGUGUGUUCACACAUUACGCCAGACACUUGGUGAGGUCACGUCUAUCUCGAUGGCUUCGAAUGGCUACACUCUGCUAAGUGGCUCGCGCAACAACAGUAAUCGUCUGUGGGACUUGCGAAUGCUUCAUGCCCCACGCGUUCAUCUGUCAACUGGACUCAGUAGCGGUGCAUCAAGUGGCGGUUCAAGUGGAUCACUCAGUAGCUACUCGAUCGGAGGUAAUGGAGGUGUCGUCAACGGCUACGGAUCAGCCAAUGGGGUUGGAAUAUCUGGAGGUGUUGGCUAUGGCAGCAGUGGUAAUCUUAGUGCAAGCGGUAGUGUUAGUGGUGGAAGCACCGGCUUUUCGGGCAGCCGCCAUGUGGAGCAACGUCCGCUGCAACGUUUCAAGGGACAUCAAAACACUGCGAAAAACAUCGUGCGAGCCUCAUUCGGUCCACGCGAGAGUUUUGUCUUGGGUGGAUCGGAGGAUGGCUUCGUGUACGUGUGGGAAGUGGCUACGGGCAAGUUGCUGGAGAGGCUCUCUGGUCACCGCGGUGUUACGUAUAAUGCUCGCUGGCACGAGAAGCAGGCGCUGCUUGCUUCGAGCUCUCAUGACGGCACGGUUAAAACUUGGUGGUGGCAAGACAAAGCCAGUCAACUAUGAGCGAGGCAGUGGGUGGCUCAUCACGCGAGUUGAUCCUUGAGUUCGGCUCACACAGUAGGGUGUAUCGGAUAGUAUAAAUUUUAUGUGGUUUCUAUUGUCUA